AUGUGCAUCUUGAGUUUUUUUCAAAAGCAUGCCAUGGAGAGCUCAGAUAUGAUAAAAAUUUAUUUUCAAAGACAUAGGAAUGUGGCGUAUGCACUGCUCCAUUGUCUGUUUCUGAUGAAUGUAAUUAAUGAGUAUACCAUGGCAAAGAAUGACCUACACCUCGUGAUGAGUGACGAGGCGUUGAUGAACAAAGCGGAGCGAAUGACACAAAUGAGACGAAGUGGGAAAAUAAAAAUUGGCUUAGCAGGGGUAGCUGAUGUUGAGGGGAGGGGGAACAAACAUACAGAGGAGGAGGAGGAGAAGAAGGAGGAGGAGUGCAACCAAUACCAACGUCACAAUCUGCAGAAUAUCUCUCAUGUGAAAAGUAAAAGAAGGGGGAGACUCCUUGGAGAGAACGUCAAUUAUGAUCUCUGUGAGGAUAACCCCUUGGGGGGAAGCAUCUAUGGUGGUCCUUCAUCCCAUGGACUUAACUUAAACAGCCUACCUUCUGUGGGAGGAUCCGGAGGGGGGAAAGCAAAACGGAGUGGUAUCACUACCCCAGGAUUGUAUGCCAGCUCGAAGAAGGAGCUCUCCAACUUGGGUAAUGUCAAAGGAGGCACACUCAAUGUGGAAGAAACGGAGGAGUGUACAGGGAGGGAGAUCAACUACGGAGGUCGCUCAGAUCAGUAUAAUGGGAAGAAUACCCGUUACCCUGAAGGGAACAGUCACACUAGUGCUAAUUUGAAGCAGAGGAGGAGAAUGAAGAAGGAGCUUUACGCGAACGGUACAGGAAGUGGCACAUCCCAGAUGUAUAAAAAUAAUCUGGAGCAGAUUCAAGAUGGGAGGUAUAACGAUGCCAACGUGGGAAUCCAUGGAGGAGGAGGAGGAGUGAGUCAACUGAAUAAUAAUGGUGAAUCUGAUUUUAAAUUAAAUUACUUAUCUGAUUUUGCGAAUAUUGAUGGCUCCAUGGGGAUUAAUCACAGUCAAGCGGUUCGGAUUGGAGGAGGGGAAGUGAACAGCGUGGUGGGACAUACCGAUCGGAGGUACCAUGUUCCUCGUGGGGGGGGAAGUGAUGUAGGUAAUGAUGAAGGAGGAUUAACCGGAUUGAAGAAACAUAAAGGGGAGGGGGGCGUGUACCCCUUUGAUGAGGUCCCCACGGAGAGGAGCGAGUUGGACUUGCAAAGUGAUUUUCAAGAAAUGGGCCCUCCCAACGAGGGCGUGCUUUCGGACCCCACCUACGCCAACGUGGAGCUGCCAGACGACGAACUGGUCAACGAGGUGGUGAAGAACAGGGACAUACUUAACAACAUUUUGAAGUCACGCGUGGAGGACAUGAAGAGUUGGAGCACCGAGCAGCGUGUGCAGGUGCUGUCCAUCCAGAAGGCGCUGCAGCUGAAGGGGUACGCACUGCACUGA